AUGUCUGUGAUGAACAACGGCAGCACAACAACGCCCAGCAGCAGCAGCGGAGGAGGCAAUGUCGAGCCGGAUGAUUCCGGCAGCUCGUCGUCCUCGUCGCCGUUGAGACACUUCCGGCUCAACUGUCUGCCGCCGUCGUGCUACUCGAUUCACGACAUUUUGCACUACAAUCCAGCCAGUCCGGAUGAUCCCACCGUCUCCAUUCAAUCGCAAUUCGACUCGCUCGAUUGUCCUCCGUCCUCGUCCGGCACUCAGCCGCCUCCGCCACCUUACAACAGCAACAACAAUGGAUUACUCCUUCUAGAUCAUCACGUCCCUUCAUCAUCAUCCGCUCAUUUAGGGGUGGAUGGUGUGGUGGUAGAGGAUGAAGCUCUUGGUUCACCGGAAACUCUGAAUCACGACAGUGGCGACGACGAUUCACCCUCGACCUCUUCGACGACCCGUUCCCAGGGACAGGGACUUUCGGUGACGCAACAAUCCCAUCACCAACAGCAACAGCAACAGCAGCAAACAUCUGGCGGAGGUGGUCACGGCCCACUGAAACGAAAGCAAAGAAGAUAUAGGACGACUUUCACCAAUUUCCAACUGGAAGAGCUGGAACACGCAUUCCACAAGACCCAUUACCCCGAUGUCUUUUUCCGUGAAGAAUUGGCCGUCAAAAUCGAUUUGACCGAAGCGAGAGUUCAGGUUUGGUUUCAAAAUCGUCGCGCCAAAUUUCGGAAACACGAACGAAUUACUCAUCACCAACACCACCAGCAUCACCCGCAGCAGCAGCAGCACCACCUCGGCCAACAACAACAACAACAGCAGCACCAAGGCCACGACAAUCCUUUCGAACGUGACCCAUCGGGUGGCGCGUCACUGACGGCCGACGUCAGCGGUUUACUGAUGCAACAGCCCGAAGCCUCGUCGUCAUCGAUGGUCAGCAUCGUUGGCAACAAAGUUGAUUGUGAGCAGCAGCAGCAACAACUUUUCAGUCAAUACCUUCAUCAUCACCACCAGCAGCAACAAAAUGUUGUCGGCCACGAAACGUCCUACAUUUAUCAUCCGGAACCUCUUUUGCCAGUCUCCACUAAUGAAACGACAACUGGUGAAUCGAGUCAACAGAUUUACGUGAACACGAGCGGGAGCGUGACACCUUCAACAUUUCUGGCCCACUUGUCGGCGUCUCCAUCGCCCGACUGGCCCCAUUACGUCAAUGCAACGACAACGACGACAACAACGUCGACGGCAUCUUCGCCCGUCUACCACCACCCACCGCCGCCCACUCAGCAGCAUCCAACGUACCGGGAAUCGGACGAGCCCGACGACCACGGGACUGAAGAGGACGUGGGCGUCGGCGCCAACAGCGACGAUUACCAUUUCUUCGCCAGUCACGGCGCAUUGGAUUUGGCCUCGUCGUUCAUGAAUCAAAACAGCAACAACAGCAGCAGCAACAACGCCACCAACAACAAGGAAUCGGACCCGUCGCUGGCGUCUCAAUUGCAGCGCCUGGGGCCGUCUCAGCCGCAGCAGCCACCGGAUGUAACGGACGACGACGCCGAUAUCGGCGAUGAAAUCCACUUAGCCAACAUGGCGUUUAUGAACGCGACAUCCAAAACGGGACUACACCUACAACACCACCACCAUCACCUACAACAACAACAACAACACCACCACCAAAAGACUAACGACACCAAAACCGCAGAUGAAGAAGAUUAUCCGCCACAUUCCGGCGAUUUUGGAGCCGCCGAUGCUGACGACGAAGUUGUUCUCAGUUUAAACGACUCUUAAACAAGAAAAAGAUGGACACGUGGAUGAUGGAUGGUUGUGUUGUUGUUGUUAGUCCUAUUAAUUUUCAGUUUAUUUGUGUGGAUGUUUCAUGUUGUUGUUUGAAUAUAUAACAUCCCCCCUCCACUAACCUAUUAGAGAGACGUAACGGUGUGUGUAUGUGUUCCUCUCUGAUUUGUCCCGUUACAGAGUCCAUUUCUCCCCUCCUUCUCACUAAUGUGAGAUAGAAAAAAAGAACAAACAAUAUGUGUGAACAUUUCUUUUGGAAAAAGUCUUUCCCCUCCUCAUUUGUUUGUGUUUGCCUAAACGUGGGACGUGUAAACCUAAAGAACUGGACAUUUUUGUAUCCAGGUGAACUGGUCGAUUAAAGAAUUGCAAACCAAAACCAAAACGAAAGAAAAUUUCUGCUCAUUAGUCAAAAUGGAAAUUUAGAGGAAAAGAAAACGAGUGUUUGGAAUUAUCUGUCUAGCAGAGGAGUCGGAAUUAUUAGACGAGUUGUUUUUGGACAGGAUCCCAAUGACCUCCAUAGCAGGACAGGUCUGAAAAAAUGUUUCAAAAAAUACACUUCCGUCUCGAUAUAACAUUUAGAGUGUCACCUUUCUCAUCCACUUGAAACCUUUUCUUUUUUCUUUGGGAAAACGAGUUUUCCCCCAUUU